GAUGUUUUAUUUACCUAGGUUACCCUGCGUUCAGAUGUGUCUCGCCGCAGCCCAAGUGUGUCCAGACCAUUUCUCGUGACUUCAUACAUUCCUACGAUCAUCAAGAUUGAGUAGAGCCUUUUGGAACAUCAACAAAAUCUAUUCAGCCAGCCAUGGGUUCACGUGGAAAUGAGUCCGGCAUGGACUUUGAAUACGAAAACCGGACGGGACCGUUGGACAUGCAGUCACCAUUUGCGAAGCUCGCACAGAACCAAAGAAGCACAGCCAAAGAAGCGCAAUCAAGGAAACGCAAUUACAAUGCAUUCGAUUCACCGCACAAAAGCCCAAGCAAGUCGUCAAUAGCGGCAUUCAAUAGCCUGUACAAUACGCCCCGCAAAACGAAUCCCGAUUUCGACGAUUCAUCUGCAGGAGAGACACCAAGAUCGCCAGAACCGAUGGAUAGCGAUGCGACGCCCGAGAUGAGACAUACAGGUCGUGCAAUGACGAAACUAAGCUUCACAAACACUGCAACAGGUUCACCAGCAGAGAAGGAUCGAGCCCGCGAUCGGGAGAGGGGAAGUCCGAGCAAGGAGAAGCGGCCAAGUCCCCAGCGUCGCGAAAGCUGGCUGGUGCGAGGGAUGAAGAAGGCGUUCAGUCCUGGAAGAGGCGAAAUAGCAAGGCCGAACCACAGCGGAGCGGUUGAGAAGCAGGUCAAAAAACGGCGGGAGAAAAACAUCCAUCGCCAAGUCGCACGGAAGAGGCGGCAGAGUGCGUCUGAUUCCGAGGACGACAGCGAUGUUGCGCGUCGCAAGAGCAGUGGAAGUCAGGGAGGGGAAGCCAAACAGCACUGGCUGAGUUCCAUGUUCACCUUCAUCGCGCAACAUCCGACCGUCCCACACAUCCUCUCCUUCUACGCCCAGCUCGUUUUCAACAUCUUCCUUCUCGGUGGCUGCGCUUAUCUCAUAUACUGUUUCUGGGCGGCGGUACAAGGCGAUGUCGACAAGAAGUCUCAUGAGGCGAUGGCAGACAUCAUGGUUGAGAUGGCCGCGUGUGCCAAAUCAUAUCGCGAGAACCGUUGCGAUCCGAGCAUGCGCCUACCUGCGCUCGAGACGGUCUGCAACAAUUGGGACAAGUGCAUGAACCAGGAUCCUACACGCGUUGGCAGGGCAAAGGUCUCAGCGCACACAUUCGCCGAGAUUUUCAAUUCAUUCGUGGAGCCGAUCAGCUGGAAAGCUAUGAUUUUCACCUUCGGCCUAGUUUUUGCGUGCUUCUUCACGACCAACAUGGCUUUUGGCAUAUUCCGCGACAAGGCCUCAAAUGCUGGAGCCCAAUAUCCGCAAUAUUACCAUCAGCCUCCGCCACCUACUCCUCAGCGCCAUGUUAGUGGCCACGAAGUGGGAUUCUACGGCUCGUCAACACCCUGGCAUCAACCACCCGUUAACAUGGAGCCUCAGCCGAGUGCUGGCGGUUAUGGUCAAAUCGAGGGGAGGAGUAGUCCGAUUCGACGAUUGAUGUUUGAUUAAACAGCAUUUCUGGAUCGAUUCUCGAAGAGCUCGGGAGUUGGCAUGGUUUAUGGGAAUGAUUGUGAUGCUCGGUUGGUUAUGAAACGUGCAAUGGGAGGCCGGGUGUGGAGUUUUGGGCGGGAGACAUCGGUACGGAGGCACAUGUACAAGGAGCACGUCGCAUUUUCGGUCAGCACCUCUGUCACAUUGAAGCAUGUGUCUUGGCAAACCGUCAAGGUUAUCUUGAAAUCUCAUAUGGCACUUUUCGCGCGAAAUUCACAAGCAACAGUCUGAACAAUUCACACUCGAGCAGUCAUUUUUCAUUCGUCUGAAGAGCGAUGAGCUCUAAGACCUAUGCGUGGACUCAUGGAUAUCCAAAAUAAAUGAUGUUCAAAUCUUCUUGUUUUCAGUUCACCUUUCUGCUGGAGCCCCGAGACACAGAAAUCAGUCAAAUC